CGGAACUGUAUAUAUCAACUGCAGAUAUCCAGCCUUUGAAUAAGAGAGGAAUAUUUAAGAGGAAUAAUGUGCUAUAAGUGUAAUCUGGAAACCUGGAUUGGGAAGAAUUGAGAAUAAGAGUUAAUGGAGAAUACCUUAGUAACUUGCGAUUCGCUGAUGAUAUUGCCUUGCUUAGUAACUCAGGGGACCAACUGCAACGCAUGCUCACUGACCUGGAGAGGCAAAGCCGAAGGGUGGGUCUAAAAAAUAAUCUGCAGGAAACUAAAGUAAUGUUUAACAGUCUCGGAAGAGAACAGCAGUUUACGAUAGGUAGUGAGGCACUGGAAGUGGUAAGGGAAUACAUCUACUUAGGACAGGUAGUGACUGCGGAUCCGGAUCAUGAGACGGAAAUAAUCAGAAGAAUAAGAAUGGGCUGGGGUGCGUUUGGCAGGCAUUCUCAGAUCAUGAACCGCAGGUUGCCAUUAUCCCUCAAAAGAAAAGUGUAUAAUAGAUGUGUCUUACCAGUACUCAUCUACGGGGCAGAAACCUGGAGGCUUACGAAAAGGGUUCUACUUAAAUUGAGGACGACGCAACCAGCUAUGGAAAGAAGAAUGAUGGGUGUAACGAUAAGGGAUAAGAAAAGAGCAGAUUGGGUGAGGGAACAAACGCGAGUUAAUGACAUCUUAGUUGAAAUCAAGAAAAAUAAAUGGGCAUGGGCAGGACAUGUAAUGAGGAGGGAAGAUAACCGAUGGUCAUUAAGGGUUACGGACUGGAUUCGAAGGGAAGGGAAGCGUAGCAGAGGGCGGCAGAAAGUUAGGUGGGCGAAUGAGAUUAAGAAGUUUGCAGGGACAACAUGGCCACGAUUAGUACAUGACCGGGGUAGUUGGAGAAGUAUGGGAGAGGCCUUUGCCCUGCAGUGGGCGUAACCAGGCUCAUGAUGAUGAUGAAGUGUAAUCUCCGAGCUACAUGCAGAUUCUACCAUUGAAGCGGUGGAACUGCGCGAAAUUUUGCCAAUCGUCCGACCCUCUAUAUAUAGUCCCCGUCUCGAUCUUUCUCUUCCAUUCUUCACUUCAUGCUUCGUGCACCCGUGCUCGCUUUUUUUUUUAUAUACGUCGAGUCUAUAUAGCCGAAUUUCCCACUAACUGUAUAAAAAAAAAAAAAAAGUGCAACGGCACUUGCGUUGCUGCUAGUAUUCACUUGAACUGGGGUUCCAUUUGUGCUUGACAUGGCGGAAUUACCUCGAGCUGUCUCUGACUCUUUAGCGCGGUCGAUGUAUAGAGACAUUGACUCACUUACUUUGUGUACUUUGUUUGUAUUUAGUCCUGCGCGUUCUUUUUAGUUCGCUCUAUUUCGACUUGCACGAUUGGUCCGACCUCGCUGCUUCGAUCAGUGAUACACUCAGCUUCUGGUGUGCUUGUCGCCCUAUAAAAGAGCGGCAAGAAAGUGCCGACGUAAGAUACCAGUGCGUUCUUCGUGGAAUAUACAGAUGUAGACAGCUUGAAAUCCUCAUGCUGAUUCGCACAUGAGUAAGAACAGAAAUAUAGAACAGCUUACCUAGAUUUCUUUGUGUUUCUUUUUUCGUUUUGCACAUCCAGAACGUCAGCGUAUGCACUGACAGAAAAGCACAGGAAGAAGAAAAAGAGGUAUGAAUACCGACAACAAAGGGAUUAAUUACGUGUAAUUAGACAAAAUAAAGAUUAAUAUGGAAAGCAAGACCCUACGACUGAAAAAGAGCAGUGUCAAUGCAAAAGGCAGAUUGUCAGACUCAUAGAGGCAAAACUACGAGGGGUCAAUAUAAGCGCACUGUUAAGGUGUAAAGUGAGUGGUAAACUAUAGGUUGGAGGGGCUCAAGCCAGUAGACGCGUACUUUAUUCCACCGUUACUUGGCAUUCGAGCAACACAUGAACGAUACGUUCCCCGAAUUCUAUAUUGAGCGACUAAUUGUGCAUCGAUCGUGAAAUAUCGACGUGAAAUAAAGACUCUCCCAUGUUGCUACACAGUGAACUGUCGGGAGUCGUCAGUUACACUGUCAAUUAAUUGAUAGACUCUGUAGGCAACCGACGUUGCCGAUCAUGUCGUCUGGCAAACGGUUCCUUCUAUAAGAAAUGAUAUGCUAUAUUGAAAGAUGAAUGUUCGUUCUUGCCAAUACUGCAAGAUAUACUCGUUUAAAGAAAUGUGCGCACGUUAACACCACAAGCCGAGGAACCGAGAAACCACGCAUCCUCCCUUUUUUUUUUUUUUUUCCCCAGCUUCGAGCACCUGCUAAUGGUCAUUUAUGCAAUCAGUAAGACUGCACUUAUGAUGGUAUCAGGCAAUAUUGCGGCGAUAUUUUACGCGGCGAUUCCCUUUCCGCUAAUUGAUGCUGCAUCCUUGAUCUGGAUGAGAAACUAAGAAAUAAGCAACCUGAGGGAUAAAAAGAAAUCUUUUUUACUAGGUUUGGUGGGUGCAGGUGGCGAGAGUGUCAAGAAUAGGCUUGCGACGCCAUGCAUAGGCGUGCGAUUCAGAAGCCGUAUCUGAACCGUGAGGGGCGCGUUGCCGGGAAGCGAGGAUGUGCAACGGCGGAAAGCACAUGCUGUUCCUAAGGCAACGACAGAUGCAUCCGCCGGAGCACGCGAGCACGUGGUCCACGCGCUGGCGCGCCUCGGAAUUGCCGCCGGGCACCGCUGGCGUCGGCGUCGAUCAAUAGAGCGCGCGCGGCGCGGGUGGCGGCGGCCCCUAUCGCCGGGCCCCGGCGCAAGACCCCCCUCGCCGACGGUGCGUCCAAUGGGCGUACGCGCCCGUCCGCCCGCCCCCGGUGGCGGGGAGGGGCGAGCGGCGCGCGCUCCCGUCCGGCCUUCUCCCCUCGGUCUCCGGCCGGAGGCGUUGCCCAGAGCCGCUUGGGGCGCCACGAGCGGACCCCGGCCGAGCCCCGCGGCGUCCGCGCACGGAUACGAGGAGUCAGCCGGCCGCCGGACUCUAUGGUGGCGGCGCACAUGGAACCCGCCAGAGCCAGCCCUAUGUCGGCGCGGGCCAAGGACUUCUCCAUCGAUGCCCUCAUCAGCCGCCGACCAUGCGACAGCUCCAACGACGGCUCGGACGCCGACACCCCCGGACCGCCGCUGCUGCUCGACGCCGACAAGCUUUGCGAGCCAAGCAGCCCCGUGCUGCUUCGCACCCAGCGGCGCUCGGCGUCGUCUCCGGAGUCUGGAGCGCCCGGUCUGCAGUUCCUGGGCCGCUUCGGCGGCCCUGGCUCGGCAGCGGCGCGGCUGGAAGCGUCGCCGCCCUCGAGCGUCUCGUCGCUGGCCGACGACGAGCUCGCGGACGCGCCCGGCGGCGACUUCGCCUCCCCCGCGAGACGGCCCGACAGCGAGCCCGGCGUCGCCGAGUCCGGCGGGGCGGCGACCGGUGGCGCGCGGCCCGGCAAACAGCGCGACGGGACUUCCAAGGGCUCCGCGCGCGUCGAGAACCCCCAGAUCUUGCCCCGCUGCAAUUGCGACGAGUUGAGGAACGCUGACGCGCAUCUGGAGACCAAAGACCUGUGGGAGAAGUUCCAUGAGCUUGGCACCGAGAUGAUCAUCACCAAGACAGGAAGGCGGAUGUUUCCUACGCUACGCGUCUCAUUCAACGGCCUGCAUCCUGACGGGCGCUACGUGGUCCUGCUGGACAUCGUUCCUGUGGACAACAAGCGGUACCGGUACGCGUACCACCGGUCUUCGUGGCUGGUGGCCGGCAAGGCGGACCCUCCGUCGCCGGCGCGCCUCUACGCGCACCCGGACUGUCCCUUCACGGGGGACCAGCUGCGCAAGCAGGUCGUCUCCUUCGAGAAGGUCAAGCUCACCAACAACGAGAUGGACAAGCAGGGACACAUCGUAUUGAAUUCGAUGCACAAGUAUCAGCCACGUAUUCACUUGGUCAAGCUGCGGCCGGACUGCUGUUCAAAUCCACCUGUCAUAACAGACCUAGAAGCGGAGCAAUUUCGCACUUAUAUCUUCCCAGAAACAGUAUUCACCGCUGUCACAGCAUAUCAAAAUCAACUAAUAACCAAACUCAAGAUAGACAGCAAUCCAUUCGCCAAGGGCUUUAGAGAUUCAUCAAGGCUAACAGAUCUAGAAGGGGAAUCUGUGGAGACUUUACUUCGAGAACAUGCUUUUCGACACUCGCCCUUCAGGGCUUUUAUGACUGGAGAUUUACCACCUGAGCACCAAUUUCUCGCCACUGCAGGUGCAGCCCUGGGCCGACUGCCGACGGGGAGCGAACUCCUAUUGCUGGCCAACGGCGCUUCCCCCUGGAAAGUACCCACUGUGCCCAUGGCCAUGGCCGACCUGACGGCACUUAUGAGCGCCCAGCAACAGCAGAUGCACACGCUACCCGGCUUCUACCUGGGCUUCCCGCGCACGCUGUUCCCGCCCUUCACGAUGGCCGGCACAGCAGCGGCAGCACCCGUGCCGCCUGCGCGCUCACCGUGCCCACCGCCACCAACGUCACCGACGGCGGCAGGCCGCGCAGCCCCCAGUGCCAGCUCGCCCGGGCCGCCGCUGUACCCACCGCGCGCAGGCGCCUCUGCCACCGCCUACCCUGGCCUCAAGUUCCACCCCUACUUCCACCCGCGGCUCCUCAGCGCCGCCGCGGGGCCACGGGAAGGCAGCCCCGUCGAAUACGACACUGCCGCGCCGCAAGUGUGAACGCUGCCGCGCCAGCAGUCCAGUGUGCCCGGUGUGCGCCAGUGUGUGGCCAGUGCAAUGAACAGACAGUUCCGCAUCUGUACAGUCGCAACCAUGCUAAGGGACUACGAACUGCUCAACUGUAUGUUGCCCUUGGCAAUGGUACGAUGUCCUACGCGCCCAUUAGCUUGCAGGUCAAUGUGUCGCUCUGUAGCGACGCUGAAUCUGCACCACUUCCGGGAAUGUCGAUAUUGGGAAUCUGGCAUCCUCAUAUAUGGAAUCGGCUGGUUUUUCCCACAGUAAUUUGUGCACAAAGCCCAUUAUCUUCUGUGCACCAAAUAAUUAAUGACGUGUUUGUAUGCCACAGCUUCUAGUAGCUUGGCACUGUUAUUACGGGUGGACUAUAACUAUCGGCCCAUGAGCCAAUUCAGAUUGCACUUUGUGAUGACAAAGGAUAGUUUCUCCCUUCUUUCCAUAAACUCGUGCUCGACUGCCGGCACCAAUGUGCAUUCUUCUUGCACAUCCUAUCUGAAAGCAUGCAGCUCAGAUGCAACUCUUUAAAGCUCAAGUCAAAUUCCAAGUUACGAUUCUUUGCGUGUGCAGCAAAUGAAUUGUACAAGUUUUCUGUCACGAUUAUCGUGUGGCCCUUGCCUCUUGUGAAGUUGCCGACGACAUGGGAACAGCUGUACCAACCUCUCCAAAUCAAUCCCAGUUAACCUUUCCCUACCUCACCUACCUGUGUGGAGGAGACAGUGUGGACUAGCAUUAAUAGUUAUGAAAAAUUAUUUUCAGUAUUUGGCUUCCAUCAUUUUCAGCCCUGGUUGCCAGACUGGAGCUGAAUGUUGGCAACAGCAAUGAAAGACCAACCUUUCCGUGAGCGUGCACUUCUCAAACCUUGCCUUUUCAUUGCUUCCCUUGCUUUGUUUAAUUGGCAACAUUGAAACUCCCGCUAUGUAUGCCUUCUGGCCCAGCAGCAACCUCCGAGCCCUAAUGUAUGUUAGUGGCUCAUGGAGGCUUACCAUCAGCUGGCUUUCAUUUCUAGAUUAAGAUAUGUUUAAUGAAAGCUGUAGUCUGUGACUUCAUUUUAAAUAUAGAGCGAAUGCUGAAUACUUGCAUAACAUGUAUCUGGUAUUCCCAGUUACAUUCCUUGUAGAAGUAAAUGCUUCUGCAGGGAAUGCAGUGCAGUGAAGAUUUCUACAUAGCUCGUCACUUCUAAGUUCGUAUCUGUAGGGGCAGUUACCCCGUAAACUUGGAAGGUGAUUGCUGCCCCUGUUCCCCAUCCUCAAUCCUGGCCCACACUGAUCCUCAACUACUUCCCACUUCAAUAACAGCUCCUUUGACUUUCAAUUCUAUAAAUCAAAGUGAAAACAGCAUAAGAAGAAUGGCUGGACCUAGAAAGUUAAAUGACACAUUUUUCUUUCAGCUUAUCUCUUUGGUCAUUUGUCAUUUUGUGCCACAAACAAUCAAGUAUACUUACAGUAAUGCUUCACAAUGUAAACAUUUGACAGAACUUCACAGCAGAAAAACUCGCAUGAUGCAGAGAUGAUUGCAGCAAUCCUAGAUGAGCAACUCACUAUGCAAGAGCCUCUAUAGCAGCUACAAAAGUGAGCACCCACUGGGUGCAGUAGAUCAAAACUAAAGACAUCUCAUCAAUAAAGCUUUGAGAUGUUAAUCUCAAAAUAAAGCCAUGUGCUGGAGAGUAGUUAGCAAGAAACACAUUUCAUUAUAUAGAAUGGGAAACAAAUGACAGAAUCUUGCACUGAUGAGUAUUGGCUGUUUCUGCCUACAGUCGCCAUUGGUACACACACAUAGUGCCAUGAAACUUUCUACUUAUGGGAAAAGGCUUCAGGAGUAUUGUGAUGCUUUCACUGCAACAGGUGUAUAUUCCACCUCACUAAAUCCCUGCAACGAAGCCCCUUGGCCAACCAGGAAUGAGAACCUCAAGAGGGGUCUCUCCAUCAUCUGCCACUAAUCCACUUGAGAGUGAAACAGGCUGAACAGAAGGGUCAUGGGAUGAUUAGUGGCUCAAAAUGGGCAGGUCCUUCACUUACUGCCCUGGCAUAUAGGUGGUUGUCAUUCCCGACAUCUGCAUCUUCUGCUGCACUGCACGAAUUUAACAAAACAGGUUAUAGUUGCCUUGCUUUCUUCAUUGAUUUUCUUUUUCUCAAUAUGAAAUAUUGAAUGGCAAUCAUUUCCACAACGCAAGAUAGCUCCUUUGAAUCAACAGUACAAGGUCACCUUCUAAGUCUGAAAUAAGAUCAUGGAAAGGCAAUCUGGAACGAUAACCAUAGUUUCAAAGAGUGAACUCCGAGUGUAAGCUACAAGCACAUGCAGGAUUACUUGCUAAAUUGAUUAGUACUGUUAAGUUAGAGAACACUGUCAUAGCCCCGUUUCUUGGCUCGAUGUCAGUCCUUUCUUCCCUUCCUUUUCUUUAUAAUUUCCAAGUCUGAUACAGUGUGCUUUAUUAGAUCAACAAUUAGGCGGUCAUGUUAUGCCAUAUCUUCAGUGCACACCAGUCUUGGCAUAAACUUUAGAAGCCACUGUGUAAGUGACAAGAACAGGGCUGAAACUUGAUGCAAAGCUUCUGUCACACUCCUAUGCUCUGAAGCUCAAGAGAGUGAAGAGCACAGUCCCCCUCAAUAGCAAGGGUGCUGGAGCACAGUGUUUCUGGAGGUCUCAGUGCAGUGACAGCUCCUGUCACGCAUACGCAGUCUUCUCAUGUUUCUGUAAAAGCUGUACAUCCAAGAGAGACAACCAUAAACCAGUACAAUUCAUAAAUGCCAGGCAGUCACGUGUGCUUAAAACACUGCACUUGAAGUGGUCGAGAUUUAUGCUGCAAGAUGUUGCCAUAACAUGAUGGAAAGCAGCACAAAAAAAAAUUAGGAAAAAAGGAGGACAAUAGGACAGAGUGCUGCUGUCACCUUCCUUUUUCCCUUAUUUUUUGCAUUACUUUCCAUCAUGUCUACACACCAACUAUCCCAGCAAAGCAUCUUGCUCAAUGGUGCCAUAAAUUGAGCACUUUAAGAUGUUAGUGCUUUUACUGAAUAAGUAGUCCCACAGCACACCUGACUCAGAGAUGGGAGCACAUAGGGUAACUUUAACAUGUGUGGGGUUAAAUAUAAAAAAGGUUGUUGCAACACACUUACAAAACUGAUAAAGCCUUAAAAUUGAUUUGAAUAAACUCUCUUCACCAACAUGUUGGUAUUCACUACCCACUUCUCAUACUUUUUCUUGUCAAUUCAAGAUUUUCACAAGCUAAUCAAGCAAAAUGUAAAAUUAAGCAAUUCUAGACAUGUUAUUUUGGUUGCAUUUGUAUGACAUAAAAAGGAUUGUCUGUUUAUGGUCUGCCUGAAAAGAAAGCCGUCAUCCUUUAACAAAGAAAUCAGUUUUGUUGGCUCAGUGAAGUACAGCCAAGGCUUUCAAACUGUUUUGACAAGUUGCAAAGGGCUGGUGGUACACAAUGUGGUCCUAAAACUCGAAUCAAGAAUUUUGAUGGGAAAGCAUUCCUGGCACAUAGUACAUAUAUUUUUUUAUUCUUGUUUUUGGUCUAAAGUUAACAAAUGACAUCACUUUUAUGUGGCACAGUUGACGAUGGAUGGUUAUUCUGCAAGGGUAAUCAUUUGACAUCCCAAAAGACUUUGGCACAAAGAGGAAGCAAUGAAAUUGCCUGCGUAGAUCCAUCUUAUGGGCUUAGUUCAGCUGUCUCCCCCUUUAUGUGAAACAAUUUCACAGAAAAAUUUUUCACUUAUCAGUAAACCAUGUACUAAUGGGCCAUCAGUCUUUCUUGUGUCCUUAAAGUUUGUUUAAAAUUUGCUACGAGGUCCCUUGAAGAGCCUUUAAACUGAAGACAUACCAAGUGUUACUUUCUGAUGGAGUUGGUGUACCAGGUACAUUUGCGAACAGUCAAUUAGGUGUUCAGAUAUCAUGUUAUUUCUCUAAAUAGCAAAGACUUGUUUCUUAAAUACAAGUGGUCUGAAAGAAGUGAUACAAGAUGAAAAGCACCUUAAUUGUUCCUCCAUUGAGCGCACUGCAGAAUAUUUUUGACUGUAAGGAUGCUACAAAUCACAUCACAUUCCAGCUCAACUCACACUGCACCAACAGCAAAGAAACCACCUUAAGCUGCAAACAUUCCAUCAAGUGGCAUAGCCAGAAAUUUAUUUAAGGGGGGGGGGGGAUUCUUUGUCGACAACUACCACUCCUCCCCCUCCUUUACCUCUCUCUCUAAAGAUAUACAUGUAUGGAGGUUGUACAUUACGCAAAAGAUGAACUCCUAGCGCUCCCCAGACGAGAAUGCACAUUAUUGCAUUGUGGAAACAACACUUAGCUUAAUCGCUGACAAAAGAUUUUCAUUGCUAAGGCUAGGCCACUUUUCAUAAAAUUAUGCUGUCAUCCUUAUGCUACUUUUAAAAAUGAUAUUAAAUAACUAAUGUUUCUUUUACGAAUUGAUGCAUUUAUAUAAUAUAUAUUGAUGGUCUACCUGGUACACGACUUGGAAAAACAAACAGCACUAAAAACAAGACAGCGAACUAUCGUGUGUCUUGUUUGCAGGCCAGGCUUUUUGCAGCCCAGGUAACAGUGGAGAUAAUCGUUGUUUUCCACCCAGAUCUUCUAGUGAGUGGCACAGCCACGGCUACAUGCGGAAGAGGGCGGGCACUAUUUUGCAAGUCGCCUAGCACUCAAUCACGCUUUUGGCGUUAUGGGCAUGCUAUAUUAUUCUAGAUUUAAAAAUACAGGGACAAAGCUUUCCGCUAGAACUUCGAUAGUAUCGUGUGAUGCAAGUUUCACUUACUUUCGGUGACCCACUGUCCGACUUGUUUGAAGAGAUGUUUGGAAGUAAUUUGCAAUCAUGGUAUUGUAGUCAUCAUGUGAUGCACAUUGUUAUUUGAUCACACUCAGGAAUUUAUGAGGCAGGCAGUCUGAAGCAGGGCUGCUUCCUGUUUAGAAGCCUUUCUGAAAAUUAUGGCAUUCGUAGUGCACAGUAAACUAAGGGCCAGUAGCUCUGCGAAAUUUGAAAGUAUCGUGUCUUCUGACACCCAUCUAUUCUGAAAAUUGCCAAGACAUUUAGUUAGGAUGGGCUCUUCGCAGUAGCAGCACGUUACGACGGGGUAGGUGCACUUCAGCUAGGUGACUGGCCAUGGCCGUCUGGUGUUGAGCAAUCGGGCAGUGACGAGGCACUCUACCCAUGUCCACAAUUAUCCGCAUUCUGCCAACUUCUUUCUUGAUGCCUUUUGUGCUCCCCCAUGCUCGUAUCCAUCACCCCACUCCCCUUCUUAAAAUUAUUUUCCUUUAGUCACUGUCACACUCUUCCUUCACCAGGUUGUUGAACGGCGCGGUGGCUACUAACAUUCUAUAUUUCUGUUUCUGUGUGGACUUCCGAGGCCAUUCACCUACCUGCCCUCCCACCUGUUUGUUGUGGUGGUUUCUUAGCUUAUAUGGCCCAGCACCCCCAUCCUUGAUAGAUCUUGAAGUGCGCAAAUCAGUGUUCUAUAGGUCUUUCUUUUCUGUUCCAUUUUUUUGCCCGUUUUCAUUCAUAAAAGCAUGUACAAACUAGCCUAGCAGCAAGCUCUUCCGAAAUUUAUUAACAUAAUGAAAGUCAGAGACAAGGGAAAGGAAAAGAAGAAAAAAAAGGCGUUCUCAUUAUGCGUUUCCUAUACAAGCAAGUUGCAAUAUUUUCUGAACGCUUUUCUUCCGCACAGCGUGGUCGAUGCUUCGGUCAAGUACCAGAAAUGAGAAGCUCUUCAAUGGCAUGAAGGCCUGGUUGGGAGCAAUGGUGACCCAAAGCUUUAUGCACGUGCUGGUCCCAUCUUUAUCUGUGUGUGGAAUGUUUAGCACGGAUCCCCCCUCAGUAAUUAUAGUUAACACGAUCCGGAAUGAGGUAGAGGCGCGCCAUGAGUGGGGCCGCAAUGUUCUGUGCAUGGGAGAGGCGAUCACCCCUAUGGCCCCACCCCCCCUUCAGACCGCCACUAGCCCUCGCCUUGCUUUCACAUUCAAGCUUCCCCUUUCAUCUAUGUUGCUCUUUCAGAGCCCACCUCCCGAAACUUUCUGUUCUGUAAGAAAGGGGAGAGGGGGGGGGGGUCCGUCAGGAAUCUUUUUUUGGUGGAAGGGGUUCCACUCCUCCCUGGCUAUGCCAAUGAUUCCAGCUAUCAACUGAGACUGAAUAAUCAAUCACUGUUUACGUGUGCCAGCUGUCAAGUUUAAUAUAUUAUUCAGCAUGCGGAGGGGGACUCUUUUCUUUUCACUAGUCAACGUUGCUUGCCACAUAAAAGAUAACCUCUUGAAAAUGCUGUUUUGGCGUGCAUACACACGUCCAUACAAGUGUAACCCAAUCACAUUGGUUUCAUUCGUCACACUGAAAGCCUAACAGCUCGGUGGCUUGUAAGGGUACAAAGAAAAAAACUUAGAAAAAUGCAAAUGUUGAGUGCACAAUGCGCAGACACCAAGAUCAAGCUGUGCCCAACAGAUGUACAUUUCCUUUUCAGUGAGCUAUACUUAAAAAGGAGGGCAACUCUAAGCAAUGCCUAUCAGACAAAAAAAAAGGAAAGAAACUUUGCUAUAUUUGUAAGUGCACUAGGGCUUCUCAAUUUUCGGUGUAUGGACUGAAAAAAAUCUAGGUCUGCUGAUAGCAGAGAGUCAAAUCACUGCCUUCGAAUGCUGGCUAUGAGCAUCUCCUAUAUUCUCUGUAGAAUGCCAUUGCUAAGGGAAACCAAGAAUCAGUGUAUUGUUAAAGCACUCUCUGUAUGUGUGUGUGCAAAUGUGUGCUUGAGCAGCAGCCUUCUCGACACCUGCAGUUUUAAUGUGGUGUACACAUACAUGCGGGUGCAAGUAGUAUUUAAGUGGUAAAAUAUUAGAGAUAGCACAACAUAAAGUACAUAAGAUACUGGGUCUGUCGUGAAGGUCCCUUAAGAGAAUUGUUUGCUCAAGCCACUCCGACCGUCACGCUCCAGUCAUGCUAAGGUACGCUUUCUUGUGGUUUGUUUUGUACAAUGCUGCAUUCUACAAUGCUUCCUAUCCGCACACAAGAGAGAGAUAUAAGGAAUAAAAUAGGGACGACAAGGUAAGGAGACAUGAGAAGUACUUAUCCAACAUUUAGUCAAAUGUAUGCAUGAUACUCUGCUAGCCAAAUAUACCACUCUUUUUUUUUUAAUGUCGCAAAACGUACCAAGUUUUGUUGUGAAACAGGCUAUAUAUGAUGAUGUUCCCUUUUGGUACUGGAGCGUGGUUGACGCAGAGACUUCAGCAAACUAAAUUCCUAGAUCUUCUCAAAUGAUUACACAUGACCUAGUAUGUUAAGAGGAAAUAAAAAGUGCACAAGUGGAAACAAUUGUGUUCUGUACAUACUUUCUUUUUUUUAAUUCAUUAUUGACGGGGAGAUCUUGCGGAGGUAUUGGAACAAGAAAUGUCCUUUUGCCGCAACCCAGUCAGCGACAAUGGAUGCAUUUGUAAAAUAUAUAUUUUGUGAAUAGUGUUUGUAGAUGUGCCGUCUUUUCCGGUUAUAAAUACAUGCGGAAAUUUCAGGUGCGCAGUCUGUUUUUCAUGUCAAGAUCUAAGCAUUUUCUAGGCACUUGUUGACAACAUGGAGCAGAAACACUGUGACAUCAAACCAAUAAACAUGUACUAUUUCUCAA